AUGGCACCUGUAGAAAAAAUGAUUCUUGAUGGUACUCGGAGAAAGCAAAGCUUCAGAUUUGCGGACACCCAUGUUUCGCUCCUAUUCGAAGAUGUCCCUGAGAGAAGAAACUUCAUCCCCAAGGAGCUUUCCCGGUUUCAAGGUUAUGAGGAUUUGAUGUCAGUAGCUAAUACCAACUCCGAGUUUUCUGAUAUUUUGGUGAUUUAUGAGUUUUACGUACUUCCACUUUCAAUGAAGAACACACAAAAUACUCAGCGAAUUAUGGCCAACCUGUGCAUCCAGAGGUCAUACCAAACUAUUCCAUUCGAGUUGUUAAACUCUUUACGGAAACUUCUGCUUAACAUCAUUGUAAUCAUUUUCUUGACUCCGCCACAAUCAGGUGAUGACAACCCAAGCCAUGAUAUGCCAGGAGCUGGAGCUGUAACAACAGACCCUUCUCAAAGUGUUGAAAGAGGUAUUCAUGACAACAGCAACAGACCCAGUAACAAUGAGAUGGUGGAAAACCUCCCAGGAGGUGUUACUGAACCAACGACAUCCCUAUUUCAUCUGACAUGUCUUCUGCAGAGUCCCCCGAAGCAGAGGGUGUACACUCUUCGAAAAAGCCACACCAUGGUUAAGCUUCAGAUUAUUGGAGUCCAGUUCAAGGUCGCUCAAUCUUCAUAA